CGGCCUGCCCCCCGUCCCCAGCGCCCGCGCCCUGCGGAGGCCGCGGGAGGCGCGCGUGACUCCAGCGCGCGACCGCGUAGCCUGAACGGGUUUGGGGGUGGCGCGCCGUCCGGAGCGAUUCCCGCCGGGUGGUGGCGACGGUGCCCACGGGCCCCGAGGGACUGGAGGGCCAGGCCGCGCGGCCGCGCCCCAGGUAACACCAAGAGAAUGAAAGAAGUAGAUAAUCUUGAAAGUAUAAAAGAAGAAUGGGUUUGUGAAACAGGACCUGACAAUCACCCGCUUAGUGAUAAUCGACAGAGGAAUUGUGAAUAUUUUGUUGACAGCCUCUUUGAGGAAGCUCAGAAGAUUGGAGCCAAAUGCUUAUCCUCCACUGAACAGAAGAAGCAGUGCCACACCAAAAAUUGUUUCUAAAACAAAGGCUGUUGAAGUUGAAAGUAAAAAUAAUUUGUCUGCUGUUUCACUGAAUAACUUGGAGCCCAUCACUAAUAUACAGAUAUGGCUAGCAAAUGGGAAAAGGAUCAUCCAGAAAUUUAACAUUUCUCAUAGGUCUCUGGAUGAGUCACUCACUCUGGAGGAAGCAGAUCUGCGGAAUGCAGUGAUCAUUCAGAGACUCAGAAACACCGCCGCGCCUUUUAGAGAGCUUUCCUAG